UGCUUGUAGAUUCCACUUCUUCUCUUCACUUUUUUCCUUCUCUUCUUCUUCUUCUUCUUCUUCUUGGUUCUCUCUCAAAUUGAAGAUGGAGAGUUACAAGUGCAGGUAUUGCUUUAAGAGCUUUGCUAACGGAAGAGCUUUAGGUGGCCACAUGAGAUCUCACAUCAUGCCUAAUCUUCAUGUUGAUGAUAAAGACGAAGAUCAAGAAAGGCCGAGUCAACUCAGUUACGACACUGAGUCCGAUGUUUCUUCGUCUUCCUCUAAGGACAAAACUAAUGGGGACGAUCCGAAGUUUGCUUUUACGAGCUCUCUUCUUCUCGAAGAAGACGGCGAGAGCGAGACAGAGUCGUCUAGGAAUGUUAUCAACCUGACUCGGAAACGAUCUAAGCGGACACGGAAGCUCGAUUCGUUCGCGCUGAAGAAGAAGGUGAAGACGAGUCAACUCGGUUACAAGCCUGAGUCUGAUCCCGAGCCUCCUCAUAGCUCAGCUUCUGAUACGACGACGGAGGAAGAUCUAGCCUUUUGUCUCAUGAUGCUCUCAAGAGAUAAAUGGAAGAAGAACAAGAGUAGUAGUGAUAAAGAAGUAGUAAAAGAGAUCGAGACAGACGAAGAAGAAGAAGAAGAAUCAGAAGAAGGUUACAACAACAGGUUGAGCAAGAUGAAUCGAGCGACGACGAAAGGGAGAUACAAGUGCGAGACUUGUGGGAAAGUGUUCAAAUCUUAUCAAGCAUUAGGUGGGCAUAGAGCAAGUCAUAAGAAGAACAGAGUAAGUAACAAAACAGAGCAACGAGGAGGCGAAACAGAGCAUGAUAAUGUUGUCGUUGUUGCUGCUGAGAAGAGAAUCCAUGAAUGUCCGAUUUGUUUUAGAGUCUUCGCAUCGGGGCAAGCACUUGGAGGUCACAAAAGAUCUCACGGGAUCGGGAAUUUGUCUGUGAAUCAUCAUCAAGUUCAUCAAAUGGAGUCUGUGAAACAGAGGAUGAUAGAUCUUAAUCUUCCUGCACCAACCGAGGAAGACGAAGUCUCUGUGGUGUUUCAAUGAAUGCUGAAAAAAGGUAACAGACUUUGCGUGAUUCGGGUCGUCCAAUUUUUCGUAAAGUUUGAAUCUUUUUUUUUUGUUUUUUUUUUUUUUUAACUAUUAUUAUUUUUUUGGGAGGGUUUUUAAUGUGUUUAUUUAAAAUGCAAAGGAGGCUACUUUUACAUGUUCUAACGCCGAUUCUUUUUUCGUAUUGGCCUCACGUCGUGUUGGCCUAACCACAUAAAAUUGAAGAACAUUCAAAUAAGCUUCUACUUAGUUUAUAUAGACUAUUAAUGUUAUUUAUUGUUAUAAACUAUACAACUUUUAAUGUUUGUGUUGAAA